GAACAUGCACUUGAUGAAAGUGGCAGGCAUUUGGCUUAUUUUAAGCUGUGGUAUAGGUUCGUUAUUUUGUGUAGAGUUAUAUCGUGUCACUAAUGGAAGGGUUGGUAAUUUUGAAGUAUAUACUGAGGAACAGAUAUUUAAAUUGUCAGAACUGGACUGUUCCAGAAGCUGUAUAAAGAACAAGAAGUGUCUGUCCAUCGUAUUUUAUUCUGAGAACGGUCAGUGUCAUCUUCUUUCAAGAGGUAUAUCUCAGAAUGUCUCGGAACCCAAUCUGCCUCCGAACAUACAGGUCUAUACGAGGAGAGGCCUCACGUGUUCUGAUAUAGAAUAUCAAGAUUUGCCCAUCAGUGGUACCUGUUUUAAAGUAUUUAGCGAACAGAAAAAUCAACAUGAUGCUAAUGCAGAAUGUAUGAAAGAAGGUGGACACCUUAUUCGGCUUACAUCUGCAGGAAAGCAUGAAAUCAUACAUGAUUACAUAAAAUCUUCGUCAAGUAGUGGAUUUUUUAUCGACGGAAGUGACGCAGUAACGGAAGAUGAUUGGCGUCUUUCUGACGGAAGUGCUCUCUACCUGAAUUGGUAUCCGGGAGAGCCAUAUCCCUCUUGGAAAUUGAUUGAAGACUGUGUUAUUAUGUUUCCUAACGGUGAGUAUAAUGACAUUGAGUGUGGAUCGAAGUGGCCAUUUAUUUGUGAAAGGCAGGCACUCCCUGUUAUAUAAAUCACUGUGUUAUUUGUACAUGUAUAUUGGAAGAUUUCGUAUAUGUACAUUAAUUCAAUAAUAAUGAUUUUCAUUAGAAAUUCAUAUUUGAAAAUGAA